AUGGAAAACUUUCAGAUAAUUCGUUCAUUUCUUCCAAAAUCUAUAUCAGAUGCUGAUUUACUCACUAAAUACUAUCCAGCACUCAAAGAUUCGGAUAAUUCUAUUCGAUAUGAUGGUAAACUAAAGAAUGUAGAUACCAUUCGUGCAAAACCAAGAUGGUUACUUUCGAAUAUAAUUCCAAAGAAUGAAGAAUCAAAUUCCAAUUACAAUCGUCUCAGAAACACAUUAAGCGGACUCAAACUAAACACUGUCUGUGUAGAAGCCAAAUGUCCAAACAUUGGAGAAUGUUGGGGAGGAAAAUCCCAAACUAAACAUCAAGAUUCGAAUAUAAAUAUUCUAGACGAAUCGAACAACCAUCAAAUGGCCACAGCAACCAUCAUGCUAAUGGGUGAUACUUGCACUCGUGGUUGCAGAUUCUGCUCAGUCAAGACAAGCAAAUGUCCUCCACCCUUAGAUCCUUCAGAACCUGAAAACACCGCAGAUGCCAUCCAUAAAUGGGGUUUAGAAUAUGUUGUCUUGACAUCUGUCGAUCGAGAUGAUUUGACAGAUGGAGGAGCUCAACAUUUUUAUGAAACUGUUCAAAAGAUUAAGGAAAAAAAUCCUAAAAUUUUGGUGGAAUGCUUAACUGGUGAUUUUCAAGGAGAUUUGGAAUGUAUUCGAAAGAUGAGUUUAUCUGGAAUGGAUGUUUAUGCGCAUAAUGUUGAAACUGUGGAAGAGUUGACUCCACAAGUGAGAGAUUACAGAGCUACCUUUCGUCAAUCAUUGAAAGUUUUGAAACUUGUAAAGGAAUUUAAUCCGAAACUCAUUACAAAAAGUUCAAUAAUGGUUGGCUUGGGAGAAAGUGAUCAACAAAUAUUCGAAACCAUGUGGGAAUUGAAGAAUGCAGGUGUAGAUUGCAUUACCAUUGGUCAAUACCUUCGUCCAACGAAAAUGCACAUGAAAGUUUUGGAAUAUUUCACACCAAAGAGAUUCGAAUUGUUACAAGAAAUUGGAGAGAAAGUUUUUGGAUUUAAAUAUGUGGCAAGUGGACCAAUGGUUCGUUCAAGUUAUAGAGCUGGAGAAUUGUUUUUGAAGAAUCUCAUUUUGAAAGAACAAGUUGUUUAA